AAACUCUUAUCUCUCCACAACCAACACCCCACAAAUUCCCUCAACCUUCUUCUUCAUCUUCUUCUUCUCCAUCAUGAACAUCCAAUCAAGCUCGGAGUCACAGAUCAUCACUAUCGAUGUUGUAAAAGCUAACGACCUUCUUCGUAAUGGUGGCUACCGUUACCUUGACGUCAGGACUGAGGAAGAAUUCAAGAAAGGGCAUGUGGAUUUUGAUGAUGCUCUCAACAUUCCUUACAUGUUUAAUACAUCUCAAGGUAGGGUGAAGAAUCCCAACUUCAUGGAACAAGUGUUACCUGUAUGCACCAAGGAUGAUCAUCUAAUCGUCGGUUGUCAAUCUGGAGUUCGUUCUGUAUAUGCAACAACUGAUCUUCUCAAUGCAGGAUUCAAGCAUGUAUACAACAUGGGAGGUGGAUAUCUUGCAUGGGUAGAGAAUGGGCUGCCUGUGGUGCCACCCAAAUUGGGCCUCUAAUGUAACUCCUAUCUCAAAUUCUUAACCAUUGGAUUGGAUUGGAUGAUAAAAUGAUCAAAUAUGAUUAUUAAUUCA